AAAGGAAACGUUUAGUUUAUUAAUUGUUUUUAGAAAUAAAAUAACGUCGUAUUAAAUAGCGAAGUAAAAUGUUUUGUUGUUUGCGCGCUUGCCUCAAUGGAAAUAUGAGAAAAACAGCUUCUUCGGCAGCAAAUCGACAACGCGAACCAGAAAUAUUCCUCGAUUCUUCGUUUGCGGGACCUGACGCCAUACUGCUCUCGAAGCAGCUGCGCAUCACCGGCUCCGGCGGUGCCUUGGCCACUGCGCCGCUUGUGCAAUCCAAAUCAUACUUUGAAAUAAAAAUACAACAAGGAGGCAGUUGGUCGGUCGGCUUGGCAACGCGCCAAGCGGAUUUAACAAAACAGUUUGGCGGCUGUGACAAGGAAACGUGGUGCCUCUGCUCAGAUAAUGCAACGCGGCACAACGACGAAACCUUUCUGCCGGUAACCGUGACGACCCAAGAACCAACUAGCGUUAGCAAAAACCUAGUAAAUGGCACUGCAGCUGCUGCCGGACUGAUUGGCAUAGAGGAUGUACCUGAAGACAAUCUGCUGGGCACUGAUGUAAAUGUCAGUAGCGAAAACGGAGAUAGCAACUUGAUUGCGCAGCCGCAUCAUGAUUUUCCGGAUGAAGGAGACAUUGUGGGUAUAGCAUUCGAUCAUAUAGAGUUAAAUUUCUACUUUAAUGGCAAAAAUUUGGAAGUGCCAUUCCGCAAUGUUAAAGGUACCGUCUACCCAGUUGUAUUUGUGGGCAAUGGUGCCAUUGUAGACAUUAUCUUGGACAACUUUCAUUACGGGCCGCCGCCGGGCUUCGACAAAAUUAUGCUCGAACAAUCACUGCUUUAAACGCAAUCAGCAAAGUGCAACAAUUUUGCAAUACGGUGUGGCUUCAUGAAGGCAUCAAUGCAAAGCAACAGUCUGCUUUGUCUCAAUCAAAAUUAGCAUAGUCAGAGCGGCUGUUGCUUUCCACUAAUGCGUUUAUAAAGUGCUUCAUAUAUUUGGCACUGUUUACAGAAGUUAAAAUUAUGAAUAUGUAAAUACGAAACACUAAAAUAAUUUAAGCGAACAAAAAAUAAAUUAUUUAUUUACUACUUAAUGUAAACUAGUCCAUGUAACAUUUUCAAGUAUUAAACUGACUGCUCCACACAUUUGUUCAUUGCACUAAAGUCACUUAAAAUGUUAAACAAUUUAUUUUUUAUUAGAUUCUAACGGUAAAAGACUUAUCCCUAUGAUGUACUAUUAUGUAUCUACUGUAUUUCGUAUAAGCUGUGUAUAGCAAAGAAAUGUGCGUUCCAAUAAUUCGCAUGCGCUUAAUGCUAAGUAAGAAAACUUGGAAAAAAUAUUUAUACAUAACAAAUCUUGUAACUAACUAUUUUUAAGCUUAUAAACUUACAUAUAAAUAUACAAGUAUUUUUGUGGCAUUUUUUCGCUUACUCUAUUGAACUUCUUAUUAUAUUAUUUAUAUAAAUAAUAAUAAAAAAUUAUAUUUCACAUUUUUCCAUUAUGAGAAUUGUAAUGUAUUGAAGUUUAUGCGCAUAAUUAGGAAGAAAACUGUAAAAUAUACAAACGCAUUCCGUAAAUAACCGAUAAUUGUAAAUGUAUGUAUGUACAUAUAAAUAUUCUUAAAAUAAAUAAUAAUACAACUAAUUA